AUGCUGCCCAAAGAGUCCCAGACGUUGAAGUCCCGGAGGCCGGAGAACAGGCAGGAGAUCAGAUUCGAGCAGAUGAAGGAAGGCAAGACAAUCCAGAGAGCGAUGUGGUGUCGAAGAGAUGCUCAGGAGUUCAGGCUAGGAGAUCAGAGAUUCGAAGAGGAUCUCUCUGGCUCAAUUGAUGACCUCCCUACAGGGACAGAGGCCGGACUGGGCUCGGCAGUCGGUGCUGGUGGAUCCUCCAAUGGCAGCAGUAGUAGUAGUAGUAGCCAAGGGGAGCCAGGAGGCGCCAGUAACCAGAGGCAGUCCCCCUUUUCUCCACACGCCUCACCUCACCUCUCUGGCCAGAGGAGUGGGCUCUCUCCCUCUCCAGUGGGAUCCCCUGUGGGCUCCACUCAGUCCCAGCAGUCUCGUUCAGGCUCAGGACCAAUUUCUCCUGCCAGUGGACCCCCUGCUAACACCACAGCUCCAGGUCCAGCUGUGGCCCCACUGAGCUCUGGAAAUGGACCAGAUGCAUCCCAUCUGCCAGUCACACGCUCCCCCAUGGCUCAGGAGAGAGGUUGCAUGUCCAACAUGCAAAGGAACCAGCCUGGAUCCCAGUUUGCACCUCCCCAGUCCGGACCUCCUAUGUCUCCCCACCCCUCACAGGGGGGAUCAAUGUAUCCCAGCAUGGGUCCGUAUUCACAGAGUGGCCCCACGGGUCCCUAUGGACCUCAAGGACCUCAGUACGGACACCAAGGUAACUACCCUCGCCCCUCUAACUACAUCGGAUCAACAGGAAGCAGCUACAGUGGUCAUUGCAACAGUAUGGGUAUGAAUGCUACCAGCCCAAUGCAUGGUCAAGGCCCCGGAGGAAGGAGCCACGGCCCUGGAGGCCAGAACAGGACCUACCCAGUUAUGGGUCCCACUUCUCCCAGCAUGCCACAACCAGCUGGGCCAGGAAUGGGUCCUCCAUCUAAUCGCAAGCCACAGGAAGGAGUGGUCGCCAACUCCGUUCACAACAGGCAGGGAAGCUACCAAGGCCCUGGCAUCAAUCAGGUGAGCGCUGGCUCCUACAGUCAGCCAACAAGUAACAACAGUUCGACCACAGGAAACGGCCAAGGUCCCGGUUACGGUACCCCGCCUUCAGGAGGAAUGGGCCUCUCAGGAGAAAGCAUAAUGAGCCCAGAAAAUAAACUGAGAUUGGAUGUCAAAGAUGACAGCGGCCAAAACAACGAGCCACACAAACCAAAGCUGCAGGAUGGUUACAUGAACAAUAACAACAGCAGUGUGUCCCAGCCAGCUACUCCAGGCAGCACCCUGCCCGUACCCUCCCCUCUUUCACCCAGUCCUGCCAGCCUGUCUUCCUACCACGGAGAUGACAGCGAUAGCAUCAGUAGUCCACCUUGGCCUCUGAAGACCCCCUCCAGUCCAAAAGCCACUCCUAACUCCUCCAUCAGUGGGGAGCGAGUCAGCCGACUCUAUGACCUUGGUUCAGAGCCAGAAAGGAGAUCUUGGGUGGAGCGCUACCUAACCUUCAUGGAGGAACGGGGAACGCCUGUUUCACAGCUCCCUGUUGUGGGAAAGAAGCCGCUGGAUCUCUGGAAGCUGUAUGUUGCUGUUCGGGAUAUCGGAGGCCUUGCUAUGGUGAACAAGAACAAGAAGUGGCGCGAGCUGUCCGGCACCCUGAAUGUCGGUACAUCCAGCAGCUCUGCCAGCACGCUGAAGAAGCAGUACAUCCAGUAUCUGUUUGCCUACGAGUGUAAAAUGGAGAGAGGAGAGGAGCCGCCAACAGACAGCAACAGCGGCGGCAGCUUGACUGAAGGGGACAGCAGGAAGCAGGUCAAGAUCCAGCCGCCCUCGCCAGCCAACUCAGGUGGCUCCCUCCAAGGUCCACAGACGCCGCAGUCAUCUGGCAGCAGCUCUGCAGCAGAGACAGCAGGUGACCUGAAACCCCCUACACCAGCCACCACCCCACUGGGACAAGUCACUCCACUGCCCCCCAACAGGAGCAGUGUAAGCGUGCAGGACCCCUUCUCUGAGGUGAGCGACCCAGCCUUUCAGAAGCGAACAGGCAGCCUGCCCCCCUCAGCUCCGUACCAGCAGGCCCUCGGCAUGCCUGACAUGAUGAUGAGGAUGCAGUAUGAUGCUAAGGACCCCUUCGCAGGGAUGAGGAAGAUGGCAGGAGCUGAUCCAUAUAUACCAAGCCAGAUGUCCAGUGGAGGUAUGCAGGACUUGUACAGUCGGGCCCCAUCAGGCCUGAACAUGAGCCAGCGCUCCCAGUAUCCAUAUGGACCAGGCUAUGACCGCAGACCUGACCAUAUGAUGGGGAUGGAGGGAACCAUGGGGCCUCCUGGGGGUCAAAACAACAUGGGACACUCCAAUAGUGAAGGCAACAUUUAUUCUCCCAGCAGAUACUCUUCACAGCAGAGACAUGACGGCUAUGGGCAGCAGUAUCCCAGCAUGCCGUAUGGGAUGCAUCCAUCUGGGAUGUACCCACAGCAACAGGGCUACAAGCGACAGUUGGAUGGAAUGUACGGUCCCCCGCCCAAAAGACAUGAGAGUGAAAUGUACGCCAUGCAGUACACCAACCAGCAGCCAGAUGUGUACAAUCACUACGGGGGUGGGUACUCAGGCCCUGAGUCUAGACCCAUCCAAGGACAGUUCCCUUACCCCUACCACCGAGACAGAAUGGCUCCAUCUGGCCAGAACCAGCACAGUAUGAUGGGUGGGGGGCCAACCUCUAACCAUGCUGCUGAGGGACCAAACAUGUGGCCUUCGAGAACAGAUCUAAGCUAUCCCUACCACGGCAGACAGGGGCCACCGUCCCAAAUGCAGCCGUAUGGCUCUGUCUGCAGGGAUGACAUGGAAGGUCGCUCCGCACAGGACCAGUGGCACCGUCAGCUUCCCUACAUGUCAUCCUCAGGUGGCAUGGCCUCCAUGUCAUCACGCCAUUCAUCCUAUUCCAACCCUCCAUCCAUGACCAACCACUUGCCUCGAGCGCCCAGCCCAGGGGCCUUCCAGCGCUCGAUGGAAUCUCGAAUGUCACCCAGUAAAGCCCCUUUCAUGUCCCCCAUGAAGAUGCCUAAGCCAGGGAUGGCCAUGAUGGGCUCACAAGGCAGUGGACCAAUGUGUCAGUUUCCUCCUAAUCUGAGGAGGGACCUUAACUACCCUCCAGGGUCAGUAGAAGCCACAAUGCCAAUCCUCAAGCCAAAACGCAAGCUCACAUCAAAGGACUGUGGGACGCCUGAAGCCUGGCGCGUUAUGAUGUCUCUGAAGUCCGGCCUACUGGCAGAAAGCACAUGGGCUUUAGACACCAUCAACAUCCUGCUGUAUGAUGACAGUACAGUGGCCUCCUUCAAUCUUUCUCAGCUGCCAGGAUUCCUUGAGUUAAUCGUUGAGCACUUCCGACGCUGCCUGAUUGAGAUUUUCGGAAUCUUGGAAGAAUUUGAGGUUCGCACAAUAAUUCCCAAAAGCCAACUAGAUACUGGUUCAAUGCAAAAUGAAGACGCUACCCAUGACAAGGAAGCAGACUCUGCAAUCCUAACUGGACCUAAAACAUCCCCAGCAGUAGAAAUUCAGGAGAAGCAAACAGGCGAUACAGAUGAGAAAAGACUACCUGUCACUGAAGAGAAGGCUGAGGUACGGAAUAGGAAACAGGAUCCCAAUACAACCAAGAAUAAGGAGAAUCUGAAUAAAGAGCAAGAAGGAAAAGAAUUGGAAGUAGUGGACGCACAUGAAAUUAAAAAAGAAUUUCCAGGUGGGCUUCCAGCGGUUUCAGAAUCCAAACCUAAACAAGCCAGUAAAUAUGAUAAACUCCCAAUCAAGAUUGUGCACAAAGAUGACAUGAUUGAAGACAUAACGGAGCGCUUGGGGUAUGUCUCUGAGUUUGACAGUGGGCUGUUACACUGGCAGGCGGGUGGAGGUGACUCCACUGCACACAUUCAGACACACUUUGAACUGCGAACUGAUCCCUCAGCCAGGGAUGGUACAAGAACAUUGGACGAAAGCCAAGCAGAAAACAAGAUAAAAGAGGGAAACAGGAAACCACUGAAACAUAUCACUGCAACUAUUGACGAUGUUUUGUGUGCCAGGGUUGACGCCCUGUCAUAUGCCCACCCUGCUCGAUCAUUGCCAUCUUACCCAUUCAGGGUACAUCCGGACGGAGAGGAUGACCAUAUUACCCUUCUGGAGGAUGAACCUCGGUGCCUGGACGAAGCUCCACUCUGCACAACUUCCUCCUGGCAGGACUCACUCUCUAAGAGGUGCCUUUGUGUUUCCAACAUCGUCCGGAGUCUGUCCUUUAUCCCUGGGAACGACAUGGAAAUGUCUCACCAUCCUGCCCUCGUUCUCCUCCUGGGCAGGCUGCUUUUGCUGCAUCACGUUCACCCAGAGAGGAACCGGUCAGCACCAAGCUACCAGAGGGACGUACAACAGGAGCAGGGACUGUCUGGUGGCAAACAGGAGUGGUGGUGGGAGUGCCUGUGUCUGCUCAGGGAGAACGCCAUGGUCACACUUGCCAAUAUUGCAGGACACCUUGAUCUAUCAACCUAUUCGGACACCAUUUGCCUCCCAAUCCUGGAUGGCCUUCUUCACUGGAUGGUUUGUCCCUCAGCUGAAGCCCAGGACCCGUUCCCGUCAGGAGCUCCGCACUCUCAGCUCACUCCCCAGAGGCUGGUGCUGGAAUGCCUCUGCAAGCUUAGCAUCCAGGAUGGCAACGUGGACCUCUUACUGGCCACGCCACCUUUCAGCAGACAGGAAAAACUCUUUGCUGUCUUGGUCCGAUAUGUUGGUCAGAGGAAGGCGCAGGUGUACAGAGAGAUGGCGGUGGCUGUUAUCUCACACCUCGCACAGGGAGACCCCACCGCAGCACGAGCCAUCGCCUUGCAGAAGGCUAGUGUGGGUAACCUGGUAGCCUUCUUGGAGGAUGGUGUCAGUAUGGCGCAGUACCAGCAGAACCCUCACAGUUUGCUACACAUGGGACACCCUCCAAUGGACCCACCCAGUGUAAACAUGAUGUGCCGGGCAGCUAAGGGUCUGUUGGCCAUGGCUAAAGUGGAAGAGAACAAGAAAGAGUUUGUACUGUACGAAAGCAGAUUAUUAGACAUCUCCAUAUCCUCAGUGCUCAACACAGGAGUGGUCGCCAUUGUUUGCCAAGUUCUCUUUCACUUAGGAAAAUUAUGACAGGACUCAGAUGGCACACAGUACGGCUGAAGAGAUAUCUGUGGUUUUCUAUUUUUAUUUAUCAAAAUGACAGAACAUGUUUGUGGGAUUUUUUUUUAAAAGAAAUAUCUGCAUUAAUUGUGUCUAUAUAUGUAUAGCCUCUGAGCCCUGUUGAAGAAAAACAGGUUAGGGACAUGAAAGGUCAUUUUAAUACAAAUAUUUAAUACCUGCUGGUGAUUGAUGAUUUAUUUUUGUUUUGCUGUUGUUUACUUUUUCAGCCAAAGCUGCCACCAGAUGUUGGUGCUGAAAUGCAUGUUUCUUUGAAAGUUAAUGAGCUUUUUUUUUUUUUUUCAGUUUUAUAAAUAUGAACAUGCUCCUCAACAUUUUUGUUGAUAAAAAAAAAUAUUUAUUUAAGACGUGACACUGUACAGUUGUUUGAACAUUUUUUGCCAACAGCUGUGUGGAGGAAGGGCAGGAGGGAAAUCAAAACAUAAACUUUUAAAAUUGAGAUGCUUUUCUCUUCGUCGCUGGAAGAUAAAUUGUGCAAUAGGACCAGAGAAAGUUGUCUCUUUCUUUUUUGAAAAAUGGGAGGAUGUGAAAGUUCAAGUAGCUGCAGUGCAAGCUUCAGGCCAUGGUGAGGCAGCAUUGCACCAGCCAAUCAACAAAGGAGCUUAGCAUCUGUCACAAACACACUUUCUAAUUUAUCAGUCAUAGCCUCAAUGAUUUCACUGAUGAUCUUUGUGUUUAGCCAAACAUGUGUGUUAUGUCUGUGUUUAUCAUCAGUGUGUAUUUAAAACUUUGUGCAAUGGACGCACACGACUCUUUUGGUCUCUAUCGUGCAUCAAGGCAGAGGGGGGUUUCAGGCUAUUAUAACAAAUUAUUUUAUUGUUGUUCAAAUUUCUUAAUGUUAUUAUACAUAUUUUGUUUAUUGGGUCAGAUAUUUGAACAUCCCAGAUGUACCCAAUGUUUCAAUGUAAAAAAAAAAAAAA